AGCAGAGGCACGUGGUGGCUCCUUACGGAGUCAUGAUAUUCCAAAGGUAGUGUCCCUGGACUUGUGAUGAGGCUGCAGUGUCUGUGAUCUCAAGGGAGGAGUUUUCUGGGGGAAAGACAAAAUGAGCCCUUUCUUUUUCCUGGAUGUUGGGCAUUCUCGCCUAGUCUACUUCUGGAACAGAAACCUGCCUUUCAACUCGACGAAUGAGACGUACUGCUACAGCACUGCCCAGGGCAGCACCGUGCUCCAAGGAGUGACUUUUGGUGGAAUUCCCACUGUCCUGCUGCUCGAUGUAACCUGUUUUUUUAUUUUAAUAUUGGUGUUUUCCAUUAUAAGAAAGAGAUUCUGGGACUAUGGUCGUGUUGCUCUUGUGUCAGAAACUGAAAGUGAAUCAAGGUAUAGCCGGUUGUCAACAUCCUCAUCAGUGCCUGAAGAGCUAGAAUAUGACAAUGGAUUUUGUUCUUGGAUGACAGCUGCCUUUCGGAUGAAUGAUGAUGAGAUUCAUGACAGAUGUGGUGAAGAUGCCAUACAUUACCUUGCCUUCCAGCGUCACAUCAUUUGCUUGUUGAUUGCUAUCAGCAUCUUGUCUGUGUGCAUCAUACUGCCUGUCAACCUGUCGGGUGAUCUACUAGAUAAAGAUCCUUAUAGUUUUGGAAGAACAACUAUUGUAAAUUUGCAGACUAGUAACAAUCUUCUUUGGCUGCACACCGUUUUUGCUGUUGUUUACCUGAUUCUGACUGUUGUCUUCAUGAGACACCACAUGAAGUAUGUCACGUACAAGGAGGAAGAUAUAGUUAAGUGUACAUUAUUUGUAACUGGUCUUCCUAAAAAUGCAAAAGAAGAGGCCAUACAAGGUCAUUUCACGUCUGCUUACCCUACUUGCAAUGUGCUGGAGGUCCAGCUAUGUUAUGAUGUAGCCAGGCUAAUCUAUCUAUUCAAAGAAAGAAAACAGGCAGAAAAAAGCCUGAGUUACUAUAAACAUCUGUAUCAAAAGUAUGGCAAGCGAGUCCAAAUCAGCACUAAGCCAUGUGGUCARUUCUGCUGUUGUGAAAUAAGAGGCUGUGAAAGGGAAGAUGCUAUAGAUUAUUAUACCAAAGUUACAAAUAAACUGACAGAAGAAUGCACAAAAGAGGAGCUSACUGUCUAUAAUAAUCCACUGGGCAUGGCUUUUGUUACCUUCCAGGAGAAAUCCAUGGCGACAUAUAUCCUUAAGGACUUCAAUGCCUGCAAAUGUCAGAGUAUUAAGUGCAAAGGAGAACCCCAGCCAUCCUCUUACAGCAGAGAGCUCGGCAUAUCCAACUGGAGGGUUACGUACGCGCCAUAUCCUGAGAAUAUCUGUUGGAAUAAUCUUUCUGUGCGUGGGCUGAAGUGGUGGUUUAGAUGGUUUUGCAUUAAUUUGCUGCUUUUUAUCGUGCUGUUUUUUCUCACUACUCCUUCCAUAAUCAUCUCAACCAUGGACAAGUUCAAUGUCACRAAACCUAUUCGUUACCUUAAUAAUCCCAUCGUCAGUCAGUUUUUCCCAACACUCUUGCUCUGGUCCUUUUCGGCUUUGCUUCCAACAAUUGUGUAUUACUCAACUCUGCUGGAGUCCCACUGGACAAAAUCUGGAGAAAACAGAAUUAUGAUGCAUAAAGUCUACAUUUUUUUGAUCUUCAUGGUGUUGAUUCUGCCCUCCCUUGGUCUGACCAGCCUUGAUUUCUUUUUCCGUUGGCUGUUUGACAGAGAAUCAUCUGAAUCUAAAGUCAGGCUGGAAUGUGUCUUUUUGCCUGACCAGGGAGCCUUCUUUGUGAACUACGUCAUUGCCUCUGCUUUCAUUGGCAACGGGAUGGAGCUGCUGCGCCUGCCUGGCCUCAUCCUUUACACCAUACGCAUGAUCAUGGCCAAGUCCACAGCAGAGAGGAAAAACAUCAAACAGCAACAAGCGUUUGAAUAUGAAUUUGGAGCAAUGUACGCCUGGAUGCUAUGUGUGUUCACGGUGAUCAUGGCCUACAGCAUCACCUGCCCCAUCAUCGUGCCUUUCGGCUUGAUAUAUAUCCUCCUGAAGCACAUGGUUGACCGGCACAAUCUCUACUAUGCCUACCUCCCUGCCAAGCUGGAGAAGAAGAUCCACUUUGCAGCUGUGAAUCAGGCCCUGGCAGCUCCAAUCCUUUGCCUGUUCUGGCUCUACUUUUUCUCAUUUUUGCGGCUAGGAUUCAGAGCACCCACAACCAUGUUUACCUGCCUGGUUGUCAGCAUCACCAUUUUCAUUUGCUUGGCUUAUACCUGUUUUGGCUGCUUCAAGUACCUGAGCCCCCUGAACUACAAGAUAGAAGACUCGCAAGGAGAAAGAGGAAACGACUCAGAUGUACGAGCCCUCCCAGCAUCUUCUAAGUUUGUCCCCCGAGUCUUGCACCCACAGUCUACGGAAAGGACGGCACUGACCCACAGAGAGCAGCACUCAUAUGGCACCAUGGAGGACACUCUGUCACAGGCAGAAGAAGACAGAAGUUACUGUGCAGGACCUGCAAGUACUGAGCAGUCAUCAAAGGGUUCCCUCUGAAUACCAAGGGCUAGCACGAGGUGGAGCACUUGGUCCAGCUUUACAAGAACUCAUUUCCCCACCACCACCCCCUGAGCAUUCGGAUUUAUUUACACAUUCCUGCCUACAGAAGAGAUACCGGAGAAAUUCAGUGUGGUCUGCAGCGGUGCCGGGAGAUGGCAAAGCAGCCGCCGCGGAAUUGGCUGUUCCGCRGGACGUGUCCGUGCGCUGCGAGACAAGCGCCGCGGUCCUCGGGAGCUGCCCUGCUCCUGUGCCUUUGUUUUGCCUUAGCAAGAUGCUGCCGUGGCGUACGGGUAGCGGGGCGCCGAGGCAGACGCAGCUCCCGGACACAGCUGCCAUUUAUUUAUUCAAGUAACACUCGUGGAAUUUUUAGCAAACACUGAGUAUUUAUAAACUGCUUGGGAUGUAUUAAAUCCUGAGCCAGGGUCACUUUUGCUGGAAUUGCUGUGCCCCCCCGGUGGGAGAUGGAGGGGCUGUUGGGGGUGUCCCCUUGGUGGUCACACAAAGUAGUCGGUGCCAACUUGAGCACAUUUCCUAAAAAAAAAAACAUGAGGGAGUUACUAUGCACUUGGAUCCUAAAAGUACUAAGCCAAAAGGACUGGUGUAAAGAAGGGAGUGAUAGAUCUGCUACUGUUUUUAUGUAUUCUUGGAGGCCAUUCAGGUUCUUGGUUUCAGUUCACUAUUUUUAAGGGCUUUUUGCAAGGAAUGUUCAUUUGCCAGCAAUAAAGGAUGUAAACAUUUUAACUUUCUUUUUAAUCUUGGGUCAAAAUGACAGAUCUCUGGGUUUUUUUCAGUAAGUGCCAAUUACAUGAGCUAUAAGAUACUAAGUUUUWAAAUUAUGUAGUA